AUGGUAGGCGCGAUUGAGGUCGCACUUAUCCACAGCGAUAUUUGUCUCGAAGGAGGUCUCGGAUCUAACAUGAAGCUUCCAAUAGAGAUUCACUGUGAUGUGAUCGACAUUCGCAUAGACCUCAAGGACUCACGUUACGACACUGGGCAGAUAUCUUCAGGCCAGCUUGAAUUGAAUAGGCAUCUUAUCGGACCGGUGGACUUCGACGCAUCGUCAAUAUCUAAAGGCAUUAUCAAGCUCUCAUGUACGGAGCACUCCAGCAUUGCUUUGGAGAUACCUACAAAAUGGGGACAAGAGUAUCACAUAUACAUCGAAGCCGACGAGCUAGGACGUGACAACAAUCCACGCUCUACCAUUUACAUCGAUGAUCUGGACGAGGAACAGCUAGCCCAAACAAGCGAUGCAGAAGUCCCAGACAACGGAGGAAUUGCAGAACAUAGAGAGGUAAAAAGGGCAAAAACACCAAGUCUUCAAGACUCGGAUGAGGACCUGACGCCAGUCUUUCUCUUUCCAAUAGCCAGGUUUUCGGUCCACGAGAUACCAGAAUGGUGUGUGGAUAAUCCCUGGCUCACUGAUAAAGAUCCAUACACUCCUGCGGAUAUUGGUAUUGUUGUUCUCCGUGAACAGUGCCAAAAUGGCUUCAAGUAUUAUCGUACAGGAUAUUUCUCGCAUCUUUGCAUACCUGAUAAGGUCCUGAAAGAGUUUCCGCGGCAGACUAUCACCAUUUAUUAG